GCAAGAUGCCCAAACGAAAGAAGUUUUGGUGUAUCCUCCUUGACGACCCGGUUAAGCAGCCAUUCUUCGUAGAAAAUCGUCUCGACGACGUGAUUCUUGCUCUCUUGUCGAAUGUCAAGUCUACCUUGCCCAAUGGUGCCAUCGCUAAAUAUGACCCUUACCAAAUCACCUUGUACAAAAUAACCAAGUCAAUCCCCGUCGAACCGUCAAACAAUUUGUUCGAACGCAUCAAAAAUAUGGGAGAUAUACGGACAUUCUCUACUCAAUUGGACAACAUCGCUGCAAAAUUAAGUGGUAUCUUUACAGGUGGGGUCAACGAACAAAUACUUCAAUUUGCAAUAAAGUUGCCCCAAGCACCAGAAGACUCCGAGCCGCCUUUGAAACGAGCUCGUCUGACGAGUUCAGAAGUUCCUAUUUGGCUUCAGGAGCUCCACAAGAAGAUUUGGAACCGAGGGGACCUCCAUCAGGAACUCUUCCGCAGCGUCACUCUCACCCUUCAAGACUACGAAACCUUACAAGCUAGCAUGACAAAACUUUAUCCGAAUCGCAAAGAAAAGAAUUAUCAGGCUGGUAUUGAUGGCCUAGCUACCAAGCUUGCUCUCCUCCGAUCCAGCAACAACCACCCGGUCACCGAUCAUGGUCCUGACGGCGUUACACAACCCACCCAUCAUGAUGACGAUGAAUUUGAAGAUGACGAUGAGGUUGAUGAAGAGCUUCGCUCCCUCUUUCCAUUUCCACUUGAAUAUCUGGAUCUUUCAAGUUUACAUCUCGAGUCUCCCCCACCGCGCAUGCCCCAGCCGCUUCUCAUCCGGGAAGAUUACACGGUCCUCUCCAGAUUGCUGGAUGACCUACCAGAGGGCGGCAACGGCUCUGCAGUCAUUAGCGGUCAGCCUGGAACAGGCAAGACCGCUUACCUCUAUUAUAUAUUGAUACAAAGUAUGCUCGCGGGCACCCGAUGUCUAUUCCAAACAGUCGAAACCGAAGCGCACGACACCAUUUAUCUAAUCGACUCAUCCGUAGAAGUUGUCAACUUCUGGCCAGAUGAUGAGUAUAUCAUCGCCUUCUUUGACGCUGAUGGGCCGUCAAGUCGACCUGCGCAUUUUCUCCUCAACCAUCAUUUCGUCAAAAUUAUUGCAACAUGUUCACCAAACAAUGCUUAUCAAGAAUGGAUCGAGAAGCCAAUUUCUCCUAACUGGGUGUCGAGGCGUAUAACCACAUUGUGGUCCCCUCAGGAGCUUUUCUUGACGGGAAUGUUCCUUGCCCCGCCAGAUCUCAGCUACUCCCGACUUCAAGAACUGACAAGUUAUUUCGGCUUCAACCCCCGCGACUGCUUUCAUGCACCACCAAGUAUUACUGAAGUCACGGCACGAAUCGCAAAAAAUAUCGAAGAGUGCUCAAGAAAUAUGCACUUGGAAGAGUUUUGGCUUUCUCCGUGGGCUCUGACAACGUUACUAAAAAUCUACAAAAAGGGUCAAGUGGAUGCUCCGUACGAAUUUUACAAAAUUCUUAAGAAGACGCCUGGUACGGGACGCCUUCGCGGUGAGAUGUUCGAGGCGCAGGUGUUGGAAUACUUCGUUGCUCUCAAGGGGCCGGAGACAUUCACUAUCCGGAGUUCGUCUAGUUCUGAAGCCUCCCAGUGGACAUAUCCAGGGCCCACUACGAAUACCUUUUCUUACUCGUCAACAUUCACCCAGUCGCUUCGGGAUGCAGUCACUAAGAAAGAAUCCCUACCCCUGGUCCCUCAACGAAACUUUCCCGUAGUUGAUUCUAUCCUCUAUACCCCUGGGGAUGUUUUGACCGGAAUCCAAGUUACCGUCAACACAGACCAUACGGCGAUGGUGGUUGGCCUCCAGCGAAUUCAAGAAACACUGAAAAAAAUAUGUAUAAUGGCCAACCUUCGACCCUCAAUCCAGGUCAACCACUGGCGACUUAUAUUUGUGGUGCCAGAGGACACAGCUCCCCUUUUUGAGAUUCAGAAGUUUGAAGGCGAUGGUUUGGACGGGUGGCUUAAGAAGGUCGAUCAUUCUACUCUUUGUGACUGGGGCGUGUUUUGUUGCUACGUUGUAUGA